UGUUAAAAUCAAUGCCAGGCAGGAAACGGCAUCACUUCUGGAAUACAAGUGGGUCCUCGGCGUCGUUCCUUAACGAAGCGGUUAGCAAAAUGUCGGGAGAGGUGUAUCUCCUCUGGCUUCUUUCUCUUAUACAAACGCUGUCUGCCUAUGGUGCAGAGCUGUCAUCAGAGGCAUGCAGGGAGAUGGGGUUCUCCAGCAACCUGCUGUGCAGCUCCUGUGACCUACUGGGGGAGUUCAGCCUUAGUAAGCUCCACCCUGUCUGCGGGCAGUGCUGCCAGCAGGAGGCCCAGAUGGAAGCACGCAAGCUCUAUCCUGGAGCCAUCCUGGAGGUCUGUGGAUGAAAAUUGGGGAGGUUCCCUCAAGUCCAAGCUUUUGUCAGGAGCGAAAAGCCGAAGAUGUUCAAAGGUCUUCAAAUCAAGUACGUGAGAGGCUCCGACCCUGUGCUAAAGCUUCUGGACGACAACGGGAACAUUGCUGAAGAGCUCAGCAUCCUCAAGUGGAACACAGAUAGUGUGGAGGAAUUCCUGAGCGAGAAGCUGGAUCGGAUAUAGAUGCUUGUGUCCAAUUUCCUUUAAAAAAAAAACUAUUAAUUUCUUUGGUUAAAUAUCUACCACUUUGUACUAAGAGAUCCGGCUUGAUGGUUGGUAAUUGGGUGACUGUGCUCCAAAGACUGUUUUUGUAUCAGAAAAUUGCAAACUUCAUGUUUAGAUGGCACCAAAUAAUGUCUUCAAGAAUGUAAAACCACACAAUCUAAGUUUUUUUUUAGCACCCACCUGUGUGAUGCAGGGCAGCCAUUCUGAAUUUUUUGGAAUCAGUGGGAACUGUAAAGCCUUCCUUUACAGUUAAUCUUAAUCUAUGGAUGUUUUCUAUCCCCCCUCUAGUUUGUGAAGAUAUCCUCGUGUAUGAUUUUUUUUUUUAGAAUGCUUAUCGUUGUCAACGAUAGGAUAAUUGUAAUGUGAGAGUUAGUGAAUCCUAGUUACCAUCCAAAUGCGGAGUCCUGUACUGAGGCACACUUUAGUGAAGACCUCACAGUAAACCAGGUUUGGGAUGUGAGGCCUGAUGUACGUUGUGACCCUCGGAGCAUUGCGCUUUGGAGUGAAACUGGAUUUGUUGUGUGUAUUUGAGCGAGUGAGAUGGGAGGGGAAAUAUGCAACAAUAAACAAUAUUUUUUUCUUGUGUUCGUA